AUGCUAGCUGCUAUCCAUCAUCGCAUUUGUCAAUCAUUUAAUAUUUUACAAGCAACUAUUGUACGUCUUGGGUUUUGUGCACAUAAUUUAAUAGCAACUUACUUUCUUUAUGAUGAUAUUAAAGAUUAUUGGUGUUUCCUUAAUUUAUGUGGAACAAUAUUUUUACUUAUUGAACUUGUUGUUACAAUUAUUGAACGACAAGGUCUUGAACCAAAAUGGUUUUCACCUUCAUUUCUAAUUUUUAUUCUUACAUCAAUUCCAAGUUUAUGGUUACUUGAAAUGCGUCGUGUAGCUCAACGACGUCUAGCUUUUAGUACAAAUAAUAACAAUACAAAUACAAUGGUUUUUGAUCAAUUUAUAUUACGUAUGGGCAAUGAUGAAUUUGAUCCAAGUCAAACUUUACCACAUAAUAUUCUCAUGAAAACGCUUCGUAUAAAUGUAAAUUUGGAUACAAAAAUUAUGGGUCUUGAAUUAUCACUUCUUCUUUUAAUUAUUGUUGGUCGUUGGUUAUUACCAAAAGGUGUAACAAGUCGUUCAAAUCUAUCUCAACUUCUUCUUGUUUAUAUGUCAAUUGCAUCGGAUAUUGUUGAUUUAUUAACAAUAUUUAAUGAAGAUCAAAUUCUUCGCUCACAACGAAUGUUAAUUGCUACAUUAAGUGUUUUAUCAUGGUCAUUAUUACAAUUUGCUACAAAUAUGAGAGCAGCAAAUAAAAAUACUCGUUUAGCAAAUGUAGAUAGUUUUCGUUAUGCUCUAAAAAAAAGUCGUCGUCGACGUAUGUUUUUCUUAUAUCCAAUGCAACGUUUAUUUGAAAAUGAUGCAUGGUAUUUAUAUGAAAUAAAUUUAAUGAGUUGUUCAGCUACACAAUUAGCUUUACGACUUGUUGCUGUUUUUAAAUUUGAUGUACGAAGUUAUUCAACAUUAUUUUUUACAUGUAAAAAUGGUAUUAUUUUGUUUUUACAAUUUUAUCGUCUUGUUGCUAUAUUAACAGAAAAUGAUAAAUCUGAUAUGGGACCAAUAUAUCAAACAACAUUUAAUAGUGAACAACUACAACAAAGACCACCACAAACAGUACAUAGUUAUAUGAAAACAAAAAGUGAAUUUGGUUCAAAGUUAUCUAUACAAAAAGAUAUAUCACUAACUAUGUAA